CCGCCGUUGUUCACCCAGCGAGCAGCCAUUACUGUCGCCAUAUUAUGUUGAGGAUUUUAUGGUGUUGAGGAUUUUUUCUGCAAAUUUACCGAAGUAGAUGUCUUAGGACAAGAAUUUUUUCUGUGUUCGUCUUGCAAAACCAUGGCGUGACAAUGAGUCACUCAACUCCUUCAGGGAACGGCUGUUCACUUGAGGAUUGUUACACGAAUUUAUUUUCACUUACGGAGAUUCGUGGAAUAAAAUGGAGAAAACUGUCAGCUAAUCCCGACUACACAACUGUUGACCAGUUGGAGGAUCCAGUGCUGGUGUCUUAUUCAAAGUGCAUCAAAGCUGACAUUUUGUCAGUAUGGAGGAGGGUAGCAAGAAGUUCAGAUCAGCCCAGAUACACAACUGAUCAGCUGUCUUAUAACAAGGAACUUUGGAUCUUUUGGUAUGGAGACGAGCCUGAAAACCUGAGCCGGCUCAUUUCUCCGGACCUAAGAGUGGAUUCAAGUGGAGGAUGGGAUAAUGGAGAAUGUGGAAUUUCUUAUGAAUGCAGAACUCUGAUCUUCAAAGCUCUUCAUAACCUUAUAGAAAAAUGUCUCCUUCAUCGGGGAUUUGUUCGCAUUGGAAAGUGGUUUGUCCAGCCUCAUGAUGUAAAUGCCAAUGGACCCGAAAAAAGCACACAUCUGUCCUUCUGUUUCAACUUCUUUCUACAUGGAGAGAGUUCUGUGUGUGCCAGUAUAGAAGUGAAGCAGCACCCCCCUGUGUGGCGCUUAACAAAUAAUCACCUGUCAACAGCACAAGAAAACCCAGGCAAUCUUCAAGUUAUUUUGGUGCCAUAUGGAUUAUGUGGUUCUCUCACUGGGAAUUCUUACCGUGAGACCGAUCAGUCGGCCAGUAAAAUCAUUGAAGAAUGGAGCCAGUUUUACCCUUUGGAUAAAAACGAUGGAACGGACGUCAAUAAAAUACCACCAUUGGUAGAAGUCAUUGUCGCUGGAGUAAGAAUGAAAUAUCCUUCAUGUUAUGUUCUGCUGUGUGAAAUUGAGGAUGCACCAACCCGUGCACCCAAUCUGACAGCCCAGCGCCCAGGAGUGGCCCCGGGGGGAGGCUUACUUACUCCACCUACCUCACCAGCAGCCGCUGUGCUCCUCCCAGGGGCCGAUGCAGGAGGGAAGGUUCAAUGUGCUCCUUACACGGGGGCUCACACUGAUGCAAACACAGAGCUGAUGGCCAAGUCUUCGAGGGCAUUUAGUGCUAGAAUCACAGAGAAGGUUACUCAAGACAACCUAGUCACUGCAGGCAUUGCAAAAAGGUCUAUGGAAACCAUCAGUGAUGAAGCAGCUGUUGGGGUGUGGAAUUUCAAUGACCCCUCUGUAAAAACUACAUGUAAUUGUGCUAGACACAGAGGAGCUAAGAAUAAGCUUGGCCAACAAAACAAAAGUGUCGUACCUCUUGUGGGGAAGAAGGGGGACAAGCCUGAUAAACUCGAGCGUCAGCAAUCCCGUCUCUCUCGAGGUUCCCUUCCAUUCCAUCGGCGUCACAUUGUGGUAGAAGAUGCCACCCAGAAUGAUAUGCCGCUAGUCUUAUCAGGGUCUACUGCCCCCUUUAACUCUGCACCAGGAAAUUCUUUACUUCCUCAGCUUAACAAUUCAACUGAAACAAAUGGAGGCACAGUUGCAAGUGUAGAGGCUGCCUCACCGGCGGAUAUGUCCCCCAUGACCGGGCCUCAGUCACCCCCGGACCCAGCAAUGCCCAAACUGAGCCCCCAUCCCCCAGUGGAUGCAGGGACAGACAACAAAACGGCAAAAUUAAUUACUGAGGCUCCACCACAAACUAACCCAGCAUCAGAAUUCAUCAAACCUACCACUGCAUCUACGCCAAAGGUGGCUGAUAAUAUUCUGUCGCCCCUGUCUUGGCCUGGUCAACAAAGCGAGGCUAAGACUGCCAGUAUAAAUAACUGGAUCAAGACUUCACAACCUCAUCCUGAAGUGCCGGGCAUCAAAAGGCCUGUUCUGCCAGCUAAAGAUACUGAUGAAGAUGAACUAGUCACAAAGUUUUUGUAUGAUUAUCAAUCUAUUCACUCAUGGUCAGAAUACCCUGUAAAGAGAGCCCGAGUAGAAAGGUCGAGUUCUGUUGUUGAGAUAGGACCUGAAUCUCCCAGUCUUUCCCUGAAUCAUCAAUCACAAAAACACAAGACAAAGCAGCCAGAUCCCUACGACUUCAUUGAUGACGAGCAGUCCAUCAACCCAGCCACAGUGUCUAAACGCAUGUUUCGCUCAAGCCGAGACGAAUACAUAAACAACAAGAAAAUGGAUGAUGAAAAAAUGGAUUUUGGAGAUCCUUUCACAGAAAUACCAGACUCUGCAUCGUCUCCCCCAGAAACUCCAAGUGGCACCAAGCAUCUGAUUCACACAAGCGAUCUGAAACCAAGUUACGACGACUUGGCCCAUAUAUUUGACUCGGAUGAUUCAGAUAAGGAUGACCCUGAACAUUUUGGUAACCUUGGUCAAACCAUGGAUAAAUAUGAGGACGGCACUACAAAGUUUCCUUUAAACAAUGCAAUGACUGUUACAGAUGGUGCAAUAUCUGUCUCAGAACUGUCCAAGAUGUACCCAACUCCCCCAUCAAACAAUACCUCCAAUGACCGAUCACCAGGGCCCCAUGACGUCAUGGACAACCACAUCUCAUUAGAGAAGCAAGUCAUCAAGACCGAGUUCAUUCAUGCAAUCAAGGAAGAUUUUUUCAGGGAUUUGCCAGCUGUGUUUGAGCCUGCAGGUCAAGCUGAGUUCAUGGGCUCAGAUAAAUACUCACCAAUAGUACUACAAAGCAGCAAACUGUCCCCAUUGCCACGCCCACCAGAUUACAAAGGACACUGGCAAUUCUCAAGUUUUGAGAAACCGGUUCCUCCAAGCUAUACCAAUAUCCCGUCCAUUGAAAAUAUACCCAGCAUGUCAUCUCGAAUGCCAUCCAGUGCAGUAGAAAACUCACCUGCCACAUUCCUAAGUAAUAGUGUAGGACAACAAAGGACUCCUUUGAGUAACUAUAAUGAGUUACAGUCUCCGGCAUCCAAUGCAUCAUCAUAUCUCAACAAGACUCUGAAUUCUAUCGAUAACCAGGGAACAAAUCAUCAAAUUCCAGAAGUGCACAGCCUCGUAGUAAAUGUGUUCUUGAUGGAUUCACGAUUGAACCUGUUCCGUGAUGUGAAUUUCGACAGCUGCAAUAUCUGUGUGUGUAAUAUGAACAUCAAGGGUGCGGACACUGAAAUUUAUCUCUCAGACUCCUCUGCAGAGUCUGCGACGCGAUGUGUCUGCGGAUUUAGUGCUAUUGUGAACAGACGCUUUGGACACAAUUCCGGGUUGUUCUAUGAGGAUGAAGUGGACAUUACGGGUAUUAAAAAUGAUCGGUACGAGGGGCGGAAACCUAGUUUACUUGCCCUGGAGUAUCAGAAAGACAAAGUGUCCGAGUAUGCCGACUGGCCCCAUGAGAUUCUGAAUCUGUUGGUCAGUCAGUUCUCCAUUCCUUAUCCCUCUGCUUCUACAAUUCAACAUUUACUGCGACUUGGCAUGAUGAACACGACAUCCGGAUUUACAGAGGAUUCAUCUUCUUUGUUAGACAUCUUGCAACUUCAAGAUGGCAAUGAUAUCACAUACAUGGCAUUGGAUCUCGGGCGACAGGCAAUGGAGCACUGCUCUCCAAACAAACUGGAUGAUCCCAAUCACAAAUCUACAUGCUUACACAAGUGGCAGUUUUUACAAGGUGCUAGUCGAAUACCUCAAAAUUCUCAGGACUGUGUACAAGUCUUGAAAUCUCUACAACCUAUUCUCCAAGAUGCCAUACAAAACAAACGAAGCAUACCAUUAUGGGAACACAAAUAUAAGUUGUCUGGGCCCCUUACUUGGAAAGAAUUUCACCAGCUGGCAGGGAGAGGUUCAGAUGAGAACUCGACCCCUCAGCCUAUCCCAUCCUUCCUGGCUGGGCUAGAUGGAGACUGGGUGUCUCUGUCUCCUUACUCUCUGAGAUACUGGGAUAAACAAUUCCUUGAGCCCUAUGGGAAGCCUCGUGAUAUCGCCUAUAUUGUUCUUGCCCCUGAUAAUGAUUACAUCAUCAAUGCAAUAAUCUUAUUCUUCAAAGAAUUAAGCAAUGUGUAUGAACUGUCUCGCAUGGGCAGGCACUCGCCUGUGUCGCUUAAGCUCCGUGAUGGAAUCAUGAGAGUAGGCAAAAAAAUUGCAGAAAAAUUCUCGACUGAAGAUCAUCCAGAUGAUUGGUUUAAGUUUAUUGGCAAUUCCAAUGUAGCAAGUAAACUGCGGCUGUAUUCCCAAGUGUGUCGAUCCUUCCUAGCACCAUUACUGGCUCAGCAAAACUUGGACCAAUCUGUGUUUGAGCCAAUGUCCAACAACAGACCUGGUUACAAACCUGCAGAGACAAAGCCAGACGUCAACCAAUCAGAGCACAAUGCAUUUACCAUGCCGGCUCCACAGCCACACACAGCUGAAGACAAAGAAAAUGUGGAGACCCCUGGAAACGCCCGCGACAGUCUGUACUUGGAUGCGGAGCAGACCACAAGCCAGGAAUGCCCUGCGCUAAUGGUGUAUCUGAUUGACUCCUUUACGUAUGGAUCUGACUGGGACCCCAGUGUAGAGAGACUUACCAAAGUGGGCCUUCUCAAAUGCUACAACCAGCUGGUGAAAUCUCUGCCCGAGACCCUCCAGCAGAACAUCAGUCUCCAGAUUAUUCCCCUCAGCACAAUCCUGGAGACGAUGGAAAAGGGAUUCAACAUGCAGACUCUGCAGUCCAUAUGCUUCUCUGUCUUUUCCAUGUGUCGUUGGAAUCUGGCGCACUCCAUUCUGGGUCGACAUCUCACUGGAUUUGGGCCUGCUGCAGCAGCGGAAAUCUUUCUCAGGAAAAAAGAGGCUGAUAAAGCUGGAAGUAUCAAACUGCAUGGUCCUCCGUUUGUUUUGGCCCCCACCAAGGACACGCAGACCAUACUAGCGGAGUCAUGUGGAGACAAACUGGAGAGGAGUUUUGUUCUCUUCUGUGCCUACUGUAUGUCAGAGGAUCAGCGCUAUCUCCUAGCAGCGUGUACUGACGAACAGGGAGAAAUGAUGGAGACCUGCUCCAUAAACAUUGAGAUUCCAAACAGGAGCAGACGAAAAAAGGCUUCUGCCAGAAAAAUUGGGCUGCAGAAACUCUGGGACUUUUUGCUUGGAGUAGUGUCCAUGUCCUCUGUACCAUGUAGACUUAUUAUUGGUCGCUUUGGAAGAAUAGGGCAUGGAGAAAUGAAAGGUUGGUCUGGUUUAUUGAGCAAGAAGAACUUGGAAUUGGCUGGUAAAAAGAUGAAGCAAAUGUGUGGGCAGUGCUCCCUCACUAUAGGCAACUGUGAUACUCCGGGCAUCCUCAGUGCCUGCCUUGUGUCUCUGGAAUCUCUCACCUCAUUUAAUAUCAUGGCUGAUGCUGUCAAGAUGGAAGAGAAGAUGAGCAGUAACUGUCCCUUACAGACCCCUCGUGAUGCCUCCACCACCCACAUUCUGGUCUUUCCAACGUCAGCCAUCGCACAGGCCAACUCUCAUGCCCCUGUGAUGGAGAUUUCUGGCACCAUAACGAUGGAGGACACCAUGCCUAUGGACGACUUGGUGGAUUCAGGCGAACAGGGCAAUAACCUUUACUCCAUCCUGGACCAGGAGUGCCUGCUGGAGGUGUUCGACGAGAUCACCACCAACUAUCCAGACCAGGGUAAUGCUUUGGGAAACAUCUCCAACCCUGGCUCGCCAACCGGAGAUUCAGCGCCUCAUAACACCCACAGCAUGAACGGACAGUUUCAAAAGAAUGCCACAAGCAAUGAUCCACAGGAUGAAAUGCCUAACCUUCUGAACCAGCCCCUGGCCCUGGGGUACUUCAUCUCGACGGCCAGUCCAGGCCCCCUCCCCCGCUGGUUCUGGUCCGCGUCUCCAGAAAAAGAAUUUCAGUGUCCUUCUUGCUUCAAGGCUGCUCUCCAUAUCCACAGUUCCUCCAAACACGAUGAAUUUUCAUACACUCAUCACAAGAAUUCUCAUCCACUAGAUUCCAAUCUAACACCUGAUGUGUUGCGAUAUGUCCUGGAGACCUACAAUGCUCUGUCAUGGUUGACCUUUGACCCCGUACAAAAUGAUCGCCAGUCAUGUUUGCCAAUCCAUUUCAUGGUGCUUAUGCAGAUGUAUCAUGCAUUAAAUGCAUUUGUAUGAUGUGAUAUUUUUGAGAGAGACAAUGGUGACUGUAGGAAAAAACCGUUGAUGCAUUGGAUGCAUAUGUGAUAUUUUGGAACUUGAGUGUUUACGCAAUGAAAUGUUUUCUUGUCUUAUUUACAGAUGUGAUCAAAUUUGAGCAAAGUAAUAUCUAACUGGACAAAAUAUCAUUUUAUCAAUAAAAUUGGUUAUUUUUUAAGGAUUCUGGAAUAAAAUUUAAUAACUGUACAAGUCGGGGCAACCAUUUGUCAAAAAUUGGAAGACUAUUAACGUCUGACUUGCAAAUAUUUUUGGCUAUAUGUAUUGUGAAGUUACAGUUGCCUUUCAUAUUUUGUUCAAAGAAAUUUGUCUGUGAACACAAGGGAGAAAUUAUAACUGUAUAAAAUAAUAAAUAAAUGUGUCAUAUUGAUAAUUACCUAGCAUUGAUGCAUGACAUGAGGGUAAAAGUGCCAAAGUUUAUCUUGCCUAAUUAGUGCAGUCUCAAAAGCCCUGCCAAAUAAAAACUAGUGUUUACCAGUAAUAAUGAACAACACAUCUACUUACAAUUUGAUGAGAAUUGCUAAGGAUUUUUAGUGGUAUUUCAAAUACUCAACUUCAUGUCAAAUGUGUGUAUGUUAACUUGUAUGUCUAUGAGAGUAGCAAUGGAGACAUCAAAAAUAGGGGAUUUUUAGGGGGAUAUUUGGAUGUUCACAAGUCCAUGUAAACUAAUUUAUUUCUUGUUCAGACAACUUGUAGAUGCUUUGUUGUUGACUGUCCAUUAUA